UCCCGAAAUUCAAGUUUGUAAAAAGUACAAAUUUGGAAGACACUUGCUACUGUUUAAUGUGUUUAUCAAUUGGUAUUUGUGUAAAUAUUUCAACCACCUCAGUCUUACCUUUAAAAAUCUUUGCGCGGUCACCACCAUGAGCAUAUUUGGAGGAAAUCCUGGCGCAAGUAGUGGUGGAUUCACUUUUGGUACCCCAACAUCUACCCAGGGAGCUCCUGUUAGUUCAAGUACACCUUUAGGGGGAUUUUCGUUUGGACAGAAGCCUGCAACAACAACUGCAGCAUCAGCCACACCAUUUGCUAUGGGCAUUCAGCCCCAGGCCUCCACCCAAGGGUUUCCUUUUGCAUCGUCUACCUCCACCAGUGCAGCAGCACCUGGGGGGUUUACGUUUGGAUCAGGGGGAGGAGGAGUUAUGGGAGGGGGCACUCCAGCCACCCCCGCUGCCCCCUCCACACAGCCAACUGCUUCAGCAACCACUGGGCCACAGGUUGGUGGGCUGGCAGGAUUUGCUAUGGGUAAAAUGCCCACAGUGUCCACAGUGACAACAGCAGCAGCCACCCCAGCUGCGGCUCCUACAGGACUGACAUUGGGGGGAACCACAGGAGCAACAGCUACUUUCAACUUAACAGGACAAACAGCAGCCACUAAGCCACUUGGAAUAUCAGUGGGUACUACCCAGGGAACUGCUCCAGGCCUAACUUUGGGGGCUGCUAAUACCACCACCUCCACUGGAUUAUCCCUUGGAACAGCCACAUCUGCAAGUGGUUUCCAGUUUGGUGGUGCCAAAACAACAACAGCUGCACCAACUUUAGGGGGCUUAAUUGCUGGCACCACUACUGCUGCCACAAAACCACAAACCACCACUCUUUCCUUUCCAGUGGCAGCUGCCAGCACUGCAGCCACAAGUUCAGCUGCCAGCACAAUUGCGACAGCCGUCGUCCCUGAGACCAAGAUGUCGUAUCAACAACUGGAGGAGAGUAUUAACAAGUGGAUGUCAGAGCUAGAGAAGCAGGAACAGGACUUCUUAGAACUGGCCACUCAGGUGAAUGCCUGGGACCGAUUACUGGUGGAAAAUGGAGAGAAAAUAACAACACUUAACAGUGACAUGGAACGAGUGAAGGUAGACCAGCAGAAACUGGAUCACGAGCUCGACUUCAUUCACUCACAACAGCGGGAGUUAGAGGAAUUACUGGUCCCUCUCGAGAAGACCGUAGAACAACAGCCAAAUAUUAACAUUCAGCAACACUCUGCUCUGGAGAGGGAAAACACAUAUCAGUUAGCAGAGAACAUUGAUGCACAGCUGAAAAGGAUGCUAUCAGAUUUAAAAGAAAUCAUCGAUCAUCUGAAUUCCUCUAAUACUAACCAGGAUCAAAAUGACCCGAUUCAGCAAAUAACUAAAAUUUUAAAUUCUCACAUGGACUCACUUCAGUGGAUUGACCAGAACACAACAUUACUGGGAAGGAAAGUGGAGGAAAUUUCAAAACAGAUGGAAAUUCAGCGGAGGGAACAAGAGAGGAAUUUCCGACUUGUUUAUAACUGAUGUUUGUUUAUGAAUUGCUGUACAAAUUCUGUUAGGGAGGUUCACAGAACAGCUCUCAAGACAAGUCACCUAGAGGAAAGGAUGGAACGAGUGUGAAUAUUCACUGUGGACACAUGAAUUCCAUCAUAUUAAUAAUUCAUGUAUUUAAGUGUUGCAACUUUGUUAUUAAUGAAAAAUUAAGUUCUGUGAAGGAAAACACAAACUAAUGACGAUGAUAAUUUCCAAAGAAGGUACUUUUAAACUGAUAUUGACCAAAAAGAGAAAACAUUCUCCAUAGCAGUUAUGUAAGACAUUGUAACAAUAGCAGACAUUGGGAAGUUUAAUAAUUCAGUGGAGACAAUGUCAAUAUAUGGGCAAACUGAAAGAGACGAAGAUCAAUUUUUAGUUACUUUUUCUUACAAGAAGUUGUGCAUGUUGUGUUUUCUAAUCAUCCCUAUGGAUUGUUAGUAUCACUCUAUUUCAAACUUUCAAGUUUAUACUGCAUUUGUAUGUUACAAAUGAUUUUUUUUUUAAAUAUUGUAUUAGAAUUUAGAAUGUAAGUGCAUUAACUUCAUAUUUAGACAGCAUCAGGCAAUGACAUCAUUUAAAGGAUGUGAUUUAUGGGCCGUCUAAGAUUUUGUGUAAGAAUUAUUCAUGAAUUAGUUUUGUUUAAAGCAACAUCACAAGCUGAUCAUUGCAGUACAAUUAAAUUUAAUUUGUCAUGUGUACAAUAAUUUACAUUAGGUAUCGUUACACAGUGGUUUAAUAAAACAGGUACCUAUUA